ACGCAGACAUGGGCGACAGGAACGUUUCACAUGUGGCAACAAAAAUUACAGCCAAAGACCGAGCGAGGCAGUUUCCUGAUUUAAUGUAUGAAAGCGGAGGUAAACUAUUUUGCACCGCGUGCGACGUUCUGUUGGAACACAAACGGAAGUCAUCAAUUAACAAACACUUUACUACCGCAAAACACAUCCGGAGAGUAGCUGAAAAUCUUGGACAUCAGACAAGACAAGUCAUGGCAACAGAGGCUGUUGUAUCCAGAGCUGUUACAAGUGCUGAAAGAAUCAAAGGUGAAAACCCUGCUAUGAGAUUCCUGAGGAGAAAAAGGGGAGGAAAUCUCAAACCUCGCAUCAGCAACGCAAAGCGGUUUCCCUGCACAGCUCCUUCUGAGAACAUAGACCAGUAUUCUGAAUUGAUGGACUUCUUGCCAAAGGAGUAUCAGUAUCAUAUAUGCAGUUACAAAGAAGUGAACGUGACCAGUGACCACACGGAUUUUGAAGCCACCCUACGGAUGUCCCUCACAUCAAAGGAGGAGAUACUGGUGUGGCUGAAGUUAAUGCCAGUUACGUGGAGAGUGGACUACACGAGGCCUACUAAGGGUUCAAAGGUCAUCUUCAAAACAGAAUACCGGUGCCAGCAUAACACCAGGCCCAGGGCGACACGAAAGAGUAAUGGGACGUCCAAAAAUACAGAUUGCCCUGCAAAACUCAAAGUUGCCAUUGCACGCACUGAGAUCUCCUUGGGACGGCCGAGCAGAAGUACCGAUCCCCACAUUCCGACCUACCCCACACUAGUGGACGUCGUGAAUGUUCACAACCACAACAUUCAUGCACCGGAUGCUCUGCGUCACCGGGAUGUGGGCAGCAAGGCUGUGGAGCAGCUGACAGAGUUGUUUAAAGCAGGGCGCUCACCAUCCUCUGCACUGAAUGUUCUUAAACAUGAUCUGCAAGUUCAGUUCGGGAAUGAUUACGUCAGUGCUUCAGCAGACCGCUCCAUCUGUCCUGACCUGCAGUUCUGCUAUAGACUUUACUAUAAGAUAUUCCAUAAGGAAUACAUAUGCAGUGCACAGGAUGAUGUCCACGUCCAUGAGGGCUUACUGAAGCCUCUUCAGGAUCAGGAUUGUUCAAUUAAAGUAUCUGGUGGGUCACAUCUCACUUCAGAUCUUAGCAGUUGUACUCCAGAAACAUCCAUGGAAGCUGUUGAGGAGCUUGAGGCUGAUGAAACACUGGAAGCUAGAGUCAGCACACAGGAGUGGGACUCCAUGAGCCAGGAAUUUGCAGCAAUGGUGCAGAGCAGUGAAGAAUUUCAGGUGGCCGGAUCAGCUUUUUUAAAGGCCUUCAACAGGCUGAAGCGAAAUCCCUCCAUGAUGCAGGCGGCAAUGCACAAGUUCGGCCGCUGUGGUGCCAACAACCUGGCUUUGAAACAGUCACAAGAUCUAUGGCGGGCCGCUAACCAUAACUCUGUGGCCAGCCAAAGGGUAAAGCUCAGGGGUAGACGUCAACUUGGUGCGGGGAAAAACAAGGGAGCAACCAUGGACCAUCGCUACAGCAACCCAAAAGGAGCGACGUCUGGGACUCAAAGCUUAUCAAGCUGUAGAGGUGUAUCGCAGCAACCCAGAAUAUUGCAUGCUCUGUCACAGUGCCCCUCACCUUCCUCUUCUCUCCUUAGAGGCUGGACACAUGACCACUGUGCCCCUUAUCAAGCCCCCUCCCCGUAAAGGCUGGAUGCCCAAGGCACGUCUGGUACCUCAGGAAUUUUGGUCUGAGUGGCGUGUGUGUGUGUGUUUUUACAACAUAAAACGUGUCUGUAAUUGAUCAUACCUCAACUCUUGUUUGUACCAACUGUGUGUAUAAGCACCAUGCCGGUGUCAUUGCCUGCACUGUGAUGGGUUGAAGGACUAAUGUGACUGCAACCAGUGUAUUUGUCGCGGGGUGUCUGGAAAGUGAGCAUGGAAUGUGCUGAAUGUUGUGCUAUGGUACUCUGUUGUACUGUUGUACAACAGUACAUAGUGCUGUUUGG